AUGUUAAAAUAUUUUCGUGGUAGUAAACUACAAAGUUAUUUUACAAAAAUUCUUAAAGAAAAUCUUAAAGCUAUAUUUAAACGCCAGCAUGAUCUUGCAUGUGAUUUGUUAGAUAAAACAGAUGAAUUGAGUAAUCAAGAUCAAAUAUAUGAAUCAUUCGAUUUAUCAAAUGUUAAAGAUCGACAAAUAUCUGAUUUAUCAGGUGGAGAAUUACAAAUAUUUACAUGUGCCAUGGUGUGUAUGCAAAAAGAAGAUAUAUUCGUGUUUGAUGAAUCAUCAAGUUAUCUUGAUAUUAAACAACGUUUAAAAGUUGCUCUGGCCAUUCGGAAUGUUAUUCGAGAAAAUCGGUAA